AUGAAAUACAAGGAAGGCAAAUCCUUGGCGGAUCACUUGAACGAAAUUCAAGGGAUCGUGGAUCAGUUGUCCGGUAUGGGCAUAAAGAUGGAAGAUGAGGUGGUCGCUCUCCUCGUUCUGGCUUCCCUUCCAGAAUCUUGGGAGACGCUAAAAAUUUCACUUACCAACUCUGCGAAAGAUGGAGUUAUAAACAUGGAGAUUGUCAAAAGCGGAGUCCUGAACGAAGAGAUGCGAAAAAGAUCACAAGGUGCAUCCUCAUCAUCUUCCCAGUCAGACCUUCUGACAGUGGAUUCCAAAAGCAGAGGAAGAAGUGAAGCUAGAGGCUCAAAGCAAAGAGGCAAGAGUCGAGGGAAGUCCAACAAGUUUGCCAACAUCCAAUGUCAUCACUAUAAGGAAAAGGGCCACAUCAGAAGAUUUUGCCCAAAGUUCAGAAAUGAGAGAAAGAAGGGCAAACGAGAUGAGAACAGUGAUGAUGAUGGUGCAAACUCUGUAGAUGAGUUCAAUAUUGUCUACGAGGAAGAUAUUGUCAACCUGACAACCCAGGAGACAAGCUGGGUGGUUGAUAGUGGUGCUACCAUCCACGUGACGUCCAAGAGAGAAUUUUUCUCAUCUUACACACCAGGUGACUUUGGUGUGGUAAGAAUGAGAAAUGGUAAUCUUUCCAAAGUUAUCGGAAAAGGAGAAGUCUUCUUGGAGACGAUGAAUGGUACGAAGCUACUGCUAAAGGAUGUCAGGCAUGUUCCAGAAAUGUGCCUGAAUCUCAUCUCUGUAGACAAGUUGGAUGAAGAAGGUUACUGCAACACCUUCCACAAUGGCCAGUGGAAACUCACUAGAGGCUCCUUGGUGUUGGCCAAGGGCAAGAAGCUGUCAAAACUGUAUGUGACGGAAGCCAAGAUCUCCCCAGAGAUUGUCAACUCAGCGGAGAAUGGUGACACAAUUGAAUUGUGGCACAAACGGCUCGGUCACAUGAGUGAGAAGUCCAUGGCAAAGUUGGCCAAGAAGAAAGUCAUAAUUGGGUUGGAUCAUGUUCAUCUAAAGAAGUGUUUCGAUUGCCUUGUGGGAAAGCAAAACCGAGUUGCUUUCAAAAGUUCCAUCCCUUCAAGAGCGAAGAACGUGUUGGAUCUAGUUCACUCAGAUGUAUGUGAACCCGAUGUCAACGUUAAAUCACUUGGAGGUGCCAGAUAUUUUGUGACAUUCAUUGAUGACCAUUCACGGAAGACUUGGGUGUAUACCUUGAAGACCAAGGAUCAGGCCCUAGACGUUUUCAAACAAUUCCUGGCCCUGGUGGAGAGGGAAACUGGCAAGAAGCUGAAGUGCAUCCGGACUGACAAUGGUGGAGAGUACAGAGGUCCGUUUGCUACCUUUUGUAAGGAACAUGGAAUUCGGCAGCAAUUCACACCACCAAAGACGACGCAAUUGAAUGGGCUAGCUGAGAGGAUGAACAUGACCCUGCUAGAGAGAGUUAGGUGCUUGUUAUCACACUCGAAGCUACCACAAUCUUUCUGGGGGGAGGCACUGCUUGCAGCAGUUUACGUGUGGAACAGGUCACCCAGUGUGCCACUGAAGUAUGACGCCCCAGAGAAGGUGUGGACAGGAAAAGAAGUUUCCUACAAACAUUUGCGGGUGUUUGGUUGCAAGGCCUUUGUCCAUAUUCCAAAGGAUGAAAGGUCAAAGUUGGAUUCAAAGACGCGACCGUGCGUAUUCAUUGGCUAUGGUCAAAAUGAGUUUGGCUAUAGAUUCUUUGAUCCAAUCCAGAAGAAGCUUAUCAGAAGCCGUGAUGCUGUGUUCAUCGAAAAUGAGACCAUCGAAGAUGUUGCUAGGAAAGAAGUUCCUAGUACUGAUGCUAGUCAACCAAGCCUUGGGCUAGUACCUCCAACGUCGGCGCUUACAGAAGUUGGAGAAGAAGCACAACAUGAUCAGCCUGAGAUAGUUGAACAAGAUGCUCCUGUGGAGGUUCAACCAGAAGAUGCUGAUGAUGAUGGUCAACCACCAGCCAUUGAGGGUUCUCCUGUUCAAAUGACGAGAUUUGGUAGGGUCACACGACGCUCUACCAGAUAUCCUGAGACUGAAUACGUGUCACUUACUGACGGGGGAGAACCAGAAAGUUUCACAGAAGCUAUGAAUGAUGAACACAAGCAAAGAUGGAUAGAAGCCAUGCAAGACGAGAUGGAUUCCUUGUAUGAGAACAAGACAUUUGAGCUGAUGACAUCCAUUUGUACUGUGUUGGGACUAGCAGCAAGUCUUAACCUGGAGGUUGAACAAAUGGAUGUGAAAACUGCUUUUCUUCAUGGUGAUUUGGAGGAAGAGAUUUACAUGGAGCAACCAGAAGGCUUCAAGAAGGAGAAAAGGAGGACUAUGUGUGCAGGCUCCAAAUUUCCUGAUGGAGAUUUCAUCUUAAUUUUGCUCUAUGUGGAUGAUAUGCUAAUUGCUGGGCAAAACGUCCCAAAGAUCAGUGAUUUGAAGGAGUUGAGCAAGUCUUUUUCCAUGAAAGACUUGGGAUCAGCAAAGCAAAUUCUUGGCGUGAGGAUCGUUCGGGAUCUAGGUGCUAAGAAGAUAUGGUUGUCACAAGAGAAGUACAUUGAGAAUGUACUUCAACGUUUCAACAUGGAUAAUGCUAAGGCGGUUAGUUGUCCUCUUGCUAACCACUUUACAUUGACAUCCAAACAGAGCCCGUCUACUAAGAAGGAAAAGGCGGAGAUGGAUAAAAUUCCAUAUGCUUCAGCAGUGGGAAGUUUGAUGUACGCCAUGGUGUGUACAAGGCCAGAUAUUGCUCAUGCAGUUGGAGUUGUCAGUCGGUUUCUUUCCAAACUAGGAAAGGAACAUUGGGAAGCUGUGAAGUGGAUCCUCAGAUACCUUCGAGGUAGCUCCAAAAUGAUUCUAUGUUUUGGAGAUGGUGAACCUGUCCUUGUUGGCUAUACAGAUGCUGACAUGGCAGGUGAUGUUGAUUCGAGGAGGUCCACUUCUGGGUACCUGAUUACCUUAUCAGGGGGAGCAAUAUCGUGGCAGUCAAGGCUACAAAAAUGUGUAGCUCUUUCCACAACAGAAGCUGAGUACAUAGCAACAACGAAAGCGUGCAAGGAGAUGAUCUGGAUGAAGAAGUUCUUGAAAGAACUUGGGUUUCAACAAGAACAACCACAGUUGUUCUGUGACAGUCAAAGUGCUAUUCAUCUUGCGAAGAAUGCUUCAUUUCAUGCCCGAUCAAAACAUAUCGAUGUUCGAUAUCAUUGGAUACGAGAUGUGCUCGAAAUGAAGCAGCUACAACUAAAGAAGAUCCAUACUGACAAAAAUGGAUCUGACAUGUGUACCAAGACUCUUCCAAGAGAAAAGUUUGAGUUCUGUCGAUCAGCUGCAGGGAUGGCGAAGUCACAUAUGUAG